UUCACCGCAUUGGACUCGAUCGUUGUUUCUGACCGGCUUACUCACUUAUCUCACGGUAGACGUAGACGUUUACGACUGAGUGUAGAAGUACCAGCCCGUUGAUCAUUGUCCGAGGUGGAAUCUCGGAUAGGUACGAUCAUAUUUAAAGGCGCGAGUGAUGUCGGUCGAAGCUCGUACUCUGUAUGAUCGAGUCAAUGCAUCAUCUACGCUAGCUACAAUGCCUGGGCCCUCGCGGUCAGUGUUGUGCACGCCCCAGCCCUGCCCACCGUCGCUGUCUGCUCCCACUCGCUCCCCCGCGCCGUCCGGUCGUCGGGCGUUCUUGUGUGCUGGGCGCUCGCCCAGUGCCCUCGUGGUCGGUGUAUGUGUCGUCACCGCUUGUGUGCCUGUCCACCCACCCGCCCGCCUGUCCGCUUACCCGCUCACCUACUCCUCUCUCGCCUAUGCACUUGCCUGUCCGCGCCUGCUCACCUAUCCGCUCGCUCGUCCGCCUGCCCGCUCGCUUCGCGCGCGUUCGUCGGCCGUGUCUGCGUGCUGGGCAUUUGCCCAGUGCGCUGGCGAUCGGCGUGCGUCGCCGCGGCGACCUGUGCCUACCCACUCACCCGUCCUUCCGACUCGUUCGCUCACGCACCCGCGGUCCGCUCGUCGGCCAUGUUCGCAUGCUGGGCAGUCGGCAUGUGCGCUGCCGCCCGCCUGCUCGUCCGCCCGCUGCCCGUUCGUCGGCCAUGCGCCGUGCACGUCAUACUGCACGCUGCCGCGUUCGUACCCGAGUGCGUCGGUGCGUGACACGUCGUGUCCGUGUGCGGCCGAUUCUUGCAGGCUGUUCCCGUGCGUUGGGGCUCGACCUGUGCAUGCGUACUGGGCUCCCGCUGGUGAGCUGGUUACUAGACACGAACACGCCGGAGCUAUUUUCGCUGCGCCUGUACUCGUUGCGCGCGCGCGAGCAGGAACAGUCUCUGUUGGAACGUCCUUGCUGUGCUCUCGCUUGCCGGGGUCGUAUGCGGGUCGAGAUGACGUGCGGAGGGCACUCACUUGGGUCGCUAAUCCUGCUAGCCGCAGCUACUCUCCCUCCUGGCACAUCCUCCCAUCGCGAACUUCCAGCAAUUUUCUUCGCACGUCCGAGUCGCUGAAGCUUGUUUGAACUGUGUGCCGCGCGAUCUGAGGGCGCGCGGCAGGCCGAUGCGCGCGCCGUCUCUUUCGGAUGAGUCCGCUUGUGUGUACCGGAGGUCAGUAGCGAACAGGCGAGAGCGAGAGCGAGGUGAAGGACUGGGAGGCGGAGAAGGGCACUGGCAGCGAGCGGAGGAUGCAAGCGCUGGCCGCGUGGUGUGCAACGCGGUUUCCCAGCUUUGGCGCUUAAGACUUCUCCUGUGCCAGUGGACCUGCGUGUACCGUUACCCACUGCCAGUAUCCCAUAAGCCCAGGGCUGCUCGCGCGAGUACAGAAGGACGAAAGGACAACAACACUAGC